CAAUGCCUAGCCUAGCGCUGACCUCUGGGAACGCUAUUCAAGCAGCGAAGCGGAGCACCGAGCGAUCAAGUGAAGACUGUAAACAGCAGUAAGCGAGCAAAGGAAGCGAAACAAGGCGCUGCUGCGGAAGAGGAGCACUCAUGUUUCGUCAGUAGAGGGACAAACCGAGAGCGGAAAUCCGAUACGUCCUAGUGCGCCGACAACGCCGUUUCGCAUCGCAUUCCUGCUUUAGCAAACGUUUCGACUAACAAAAUUUGCAAAUCUCACGAUGGGGAUACAUCUGUAACUGCGGUAAAGCCACAUACUCGUAUCAAUCUCUUGUUUGGUCGCCUCCUCCGUUUCCAACACCUUUUUUCGAACCUAAUUUUCUCUAAGAAUAAGGAUAUUAUAGACUUACUACCGUACUAUAAAGCGUUUAUAGCGCGUUAAACUUCUCCAAACAAUUAUCAGCAUUUGUUACAUUGGUUUUAGUACGAGCAAAACCACCGUAACAACAGUUUUGCUUCACAAUAAACCUUGCGUAAAUUGACAGCGGAAUCAACUAACGCCUAAGGCGGAGCACCAAUCAAGACGCUAAGAUGUCAUCCAGCUGCUGCGGUACCAAGAAGCAAAAACUGAACGGAACUUACCCUGCAAGUAACGGGUACUGUUCCGCCGGCCGGACCGCCAACGGCGAAGGUGACAGCGGUAAUCAGGGCUUUUACUGUCGCGGCAAUGAUCAGCAACAGCAGCAGCAGGUAACUUGCAAUGGUCACAGCGAUGGCGGGAGCAGUAGUUAUCUGAUGAAUGGUCGAGGUGGUCAGACAGACCAUCAGCAUCACCAGCAGCAGCAGCAGCGCUCCGUCAUCGGUUCGAUGUCGGACAUGUGUUUCUAUUGCUUCGAGGUACUGUACCGCGAGCUGCAUAACAUGGAGGAGCCACGCUCACCCAACUUCACCAAUGAUCCAUAUCCUCUGUUUGUAACAUGGAAAAUUGGGAAGGACAAACGUCUACGUGGCUGCAUCGGGACCUUUAGUGCGAUGCGUUUACACUCAGGACUUCGAGAGUAUGCAAUAACAAGUGCUUUAAGAGACUCCCGCUUCUCGCCAAUCACUCGUGAUGAAAUCCAAAGACUGACCGUCUCGGUGUCGAUUCUGCAGGGCUUUGAGGAUGCUCGCGGGUACCUAGACUGGACACUCGGCGUGCACGGCAUCCGUAUAGAGUUCUACACCGAGCGUGGCUCCAAACGCACCGCAACCUAUUUGCCUCAAGUUGCUACGGAACAAGGCUGGGACCAAACUCAAACGAUCGAUUCUCUGCUGCGAAAGGGAGGCUAUCGGGGGCCGAUUACGCCGGAUACGCGCCGCUCGAUCAAGCUAACCCGUUACACUUCCCAGGAAUGUCACAUGACGUACGGCGAGUACCGUGACAUGGUAGACAAGCAAUCAAGCUACCACAAUCAGCUGGGCAAGGCACAAUGCUAACGACAUUCGUUGCGCUGCUGCGGUCGCUAAGCUCUACUGUGUUUCUCUUUUUCCUUUUUAGCGGGGAGUUUUUCCCACAUUCAAGUGUGAGGCAAGUUUGAAUAAGUCCCAUUCGUGGUAGGUUCAUUUCGGUGGCCAAAAGCAACGGAAACCUAAAUUAACUAGCCAAGCGAAACAAUACGGUUUGCUAAUAAGCCUUCAGCGUGUUCCGAAGAGAACUGGCAAACGUGUUUUACAAAACUUAUUAUACAUAUUUUUCUUGCAUGCGUUUCGGUAGGGAUACUUUUCGGGGCAUGGUUUAAACAAAAUACUAAGUAGAAUUUAUUUUAAAAUAUGUCUGAGAAAUAGACAGAUGGGUUCAUUUUUCUUUCAAUGUUUUAAUGUUGCUUUUGUAUUUGAGCCUAAGAUUUUUAUCUCUAUUUUCUCAGUUUUACGUUGCACUACGCUUCGUUUUCAACAAAAAAAAAAAGCAGCUGGUUUUUUGGAUAGUAAUUUCACCUGCCGGUAAUGAUUUUCCACAUCUUUGUAUAUCUGAAUAAUAGUUAGGAAAACAGAAAUCACCCAUUUAGACAUUCAACAAUGGUACUUAUUUCUUAUGACCCUUCCUCUUUCCCUAUCCAAAGGAAGGAAUUUGGAUACUACAUCGAUGGCGAAACUUAUUUUAUUUGUGGCAAUUUGUUUACAAUCUCAAGAAGGUAGCUGGUACGCAAAAUAUAUUACACCCUUAUUAUUAACCGAAGUACCAACUGCCUGCGUUUGGUGCUUUAGUUUCUCUUGUGGCUGUGACCACUGCCCAAUUGUUCAGCCCUACAAGACUCCCAGAGGUUUUUCGUGUUUGUUCGGUGUUUGCGUUGUGUGUCAUAUAGCUAAAAAGGUAACUCUCCUACAAAUGUGUAUUUGGCAAUUCGUUUAAGUACUCUGCUGUAGGCAACAAUGGUCUUUCAAGCAACAUAAUAACAUUCGAUUCACCCAAUCGUCCAGCGAUGCAAUAUACAUGGCUUUAACAUUAACAGUACCCCAAGCCACAAUUCAUUAUCCGUUUUUGCAUCUCUUUACUUUUAGCGUUUCGUUACAGUUGUAAGAAUAGUAAUUAAUUUGCAUGUCGUCAUGUAACGGUUAGAUUGAGUGUUUUCUUUUUUUUUUUAUUAGUGUUAAGUUAGUCUAAUUUUUUAUGAAAGCGCAUAACAACGAUCUAACUAAUACAAGACACAAGCAAGAAAAUAAUAGCAGAAACAAUAUAACAAAUCAACAAAUUGCAAAUAAAACUAACAAAACCAAAACAGAAAACAGAAAAAGAAACUUACAA